CCAGGUAAAGAAGUCUCAUUAUCUGCCUCCAUAGAAUCGGGACCUAGACCGGAUGAUACUGCCACUUGAGGAAAGAUUAAAGAGAGUGGAUAGGGAUAGUACUCUUUGCUCAUAGUCGUAUUAUAUUAGUUCCUCUGUGACGACUACUAAUCAGAAAAUUCUCAACGGCAAAAUGACACUUUCACACUCCGCCAAUAUUUCCCUCUUCUUUUUGCCUCUUGUUUCAAUCAUCUUUAUUUAUUGGGGACUUUCACUCUUCCAAAACCACUCACGCCUGCCCGGUGUUUGGCCGAUGCAUGUCACCACGACAAAUUCGAAAGCCUACUGCAUCUGAUCACAAAAGAAAAAAGAAAAAGGUUCCACACACAUCGUCACAGUGAAUCAAUUGCGUAUUCGUAAAUGUAUAUCCGUACAAUUUCUCGCGAAAGGGUGCGCCUGUGUUAUGCGCCCUGGUCUAAAUAAUGUGCCAACAGCCAAAGGAAAAAAAUGUGUGUCAUCGAGGAGUGGUGUAGAGCCCUCCCACCGUCUAUAGGUUAUUCCGUUUCCCAGCCCAGUGCUGAAAUGCCGUCCCAAAAAACAGGGGUGGGCGAGCGAGUCGGUGUCCUUUCCUACCCCCCUUUAUAUAAACUCCAGCCAUUCUUCCCUUAACCUCCCUUUGCGUCGUGUUAAUGAAAACGCUCGGUCCAUAAUCAUCAAGUUUCCGGUCCGCCUGUCUAUCGCCCAAGGUCUAUAUGAGAGAACAAAGAAAUAGAAAAAAAACAGAAGAAGAGAAAAAAAAAAGAGAAAAAGAAAACGAGAAAUGCAAAGUGUGACGGAAAAUAUGGCAAGGGUCAUGUAGAGCAGACCCAUGGCGUAACGCAAAG